CGUGCGCGGGGGGCGGCAGGGCCCGGAGCCACUCGCUCCCGCUUUCCCUCCCCUCCUUCCCCCGGUGGCCGGGCAGCGAGGUCUACCCUUCUCUCUGAGCGGUGGGGGCCCUGCUGCUGGGCUCCACUCGGGGCCGUUGCCGCCUCCCUCCUUCCCUUUCCCCGUCCCGCUCUCAGCCACCCGGCCGCGCCCUCGGGGGACUCUGCCCUGAGGGAAGGCGGGGGGCGCCUGAGGUAACUAUGGAGGGCGGGGGGACGGGAGAGGCGCCCGCCGCUCCCUGCGCCCGGAGGUGAGCGGCGGGGGGCGGGGGCGCUGAGGCGGGAAAGCCCCGCGGUGCCCCGGCCGCGCUGAGGGGGGGAAAGCACGGCCCUGCCGCUCCGCAGCUCCCGGGUCCCGCUCCGCGCUUCCCUCCCUUCUCCUUCCCCUUCCCGGCCGGCGGUGUUGGCCGGGAGCUGGCGCGCUCGCCGGGCGGAUACGCCGCGUCCCUUUAAAUCCGCCGAGCUGACCAGGCAGCCGGAUCCUUCUGGAAGAGCGCUGUGGAUCCCUUCUUUUCCUCGUCCGGUCACCAUGGUUGCGUCGCAAGUGCUCGAUUCCACUUGACUAACUGCAGAUAUUUGGCGGUAUUACUGAAGAACGUGGCCGUAGUUCAGUUACGGGAUGCUGUAAUGGCAGGAAAAUUGCUUGGUUCUUAGUGCAGCUUUCACCCACGGAAGUCUCUGCCCUCCAAAAUGUUUGUUGUUCUUUGUAAAUCUUGGUAUGUGCCAUGUCUAGCUUCACUUGAGACCCUCCAAGAAUUAUGUAGGAAGGAAAAUCUCAGAUGUAAAUCCAUUGGAAUCACCAACAGGAGUCUAAAGAAUUAUGAGGUGGAAUAUUUGUGUGACUACAAGGUAGAAGAGGGCACAGAAUACUAUCUUGUGAAAUGGAAAGGAUGGCCAGAAUCUUCAAAUACCUGGGAACCGCAGAAAAAUCUGAAAUGCCCAUUGCUUUUACAGAACUUUCUUAGUGACAAGAACGAAUACUUGUCUCGGGUGAGAGAAGGCAAAGCACUGAAAGUGAGAAACCAUGUUAAAGCUUUGAAUCCUGUGGUUGCAGAUUACAUUGUAAAGAAGGCUAAGCAAAGAAUAGCUCUGCAGAGAUGGAAAGAAGAACUCAACAGGAAAAAGAAUCAUAAAGCAAUGAUCCUGGUAGAAAACACUGUGGAUCUCGAAGGCCCUCCUUUAGACUUCUACUACAUUAAUGAGUAUAAACCUGCUCCGGGAAUAAAUGUGAUAAAUGGAAUAACGACUGGCUGUGAAUGCACUGACUGCCCUGCUGAGAAGUGCUGUCCAAAAGAGGCUGGAUUUAUUUUGGCUUACAAUAAACAAAAGAAGUUGAAAAUCCAGCCUGGCUUGCCCAUCUAUGAAUGCAAUUCCUUUUGUAGGUGUGGGCCUGACUGCCCUAAUAGGAUAGUACAGAAAGGUACACCCUAUUCUCUUUGCAUCUUCAGAACUAACAAUGGCCGUGGUUGGGGAGUCAAAACCCUCCAGAAAAUUAAAACCAACAGUUUUGUGAUGGAGUAUGUUGGAGAGGUGAUUACAAGUGAGGAAGCAGAGAGACGAGGCCAGCUCUAUGACAACCAGGGAAAUACAUACUUGUUUGAUUUGGACUAUGACUCAGAUGAAUUUACAGUAGAUGCAGCUCGCUAUGGAAAUGUGUCCCACUUUGUGAAUCACAGCUGUGACCCAAACCUUCAAGUCUUCAACGUGUUUAUCGAUAACCUCGACUUGCGUCUUCCUCGGAUAGCACUGUUUUCUACACGAACCAUCAAGGCUGGAGAAGAGUUAACCUUUGACUACCAGAUGAAAGGUUCAAUAGAUCUGACUUCAGAGUCCGCCGAUGGUCUUAGCCCAUCCAGAAAGAGGAUCAGAACUGUCUGUAAAUGCGGAGCUGUGUGUUGCAGAGGGUAUCUCAACUGAGUUCGGGUAUCCAGAGCCACAAAUACUUUGUUCUCUUUACAACGUGUUCUAAGAAGACUCUUCUUUCACACACAUAUAUUCAAGUAUUCUUACAUCCCGUGUAAAUAAGUACAGUGAAGACAAGGCAUUAUGUUUGUAAGUGAAAUGGCAUUGGCCAAAAAGAGAUGCAGUGUUUCAGGCGAAUAGAAAACUGAUAAUGGGGAUUAAAAUUUGGCUUUUCUAGAACUGUUCUUUUUAGGAAGCAGGAACAUGUACACUGAGAAACCUCUUUAAAAUGUACCUUGAUUGGAAUACCGGAGUGUGAGCUCACAGCCGUAGGCCGAUGGGGAGCUGAUGUCAGCAGGAUGAAGUGACGUUACCUUGAGAAGUCUGGAGGUGUUUGAUUUGAAUCCUAACUAACUCAUAGCUGACAGUUCUUUUGCUGCUUUUGUUGUACAAAGAAAAGCUUCAUGAGAUCAGCAAUAACAUUUAUGGCACUGAGGUGGAGGAUUAAGGGCAGCAGCCAUCAGACUUGUGUCUAAGUGAAGCUUCACAGGAGCACAACCUGUAAAACGCCAUUGAACUCAGUGCAAGUCAGGCAAUUGGUUUGAGCAGAUUCCAGAUGUAAGAUGAAGGUCUUGAAUGUUUUUAGGUGACAUUCUGUUAUUUAGAAGUUUUACAUGUAAGAGUUUCUUCAAUUGUUAUGUUCUGAUGUUUAGGUAGGAUGCUAGAGGAGCUCUGCAGCUCUACAGGGACUUUGUGAGCACUGGACUAUGGGUAGUAACACAAAAGCUGUCUGUUUGCAGUCCUUGCUGAAACAAAUCACUGGCUGCAGUUUGGCAAUAGAUAACAGAACAGGGAGAGCAGCCCAUUGUCUAACAAGGCUGAUGUGCUCAGUUAUCCCUUAGGUGCACAAAUACCCUGGGAGUUGAUUCGUACCUGCAACUGGUUUUGAUUAAGUUUUUACAUACUGUGACUUUUUUUAUCUAGUGACAGACUUCUAAGAUACUAGGCCUGUUUUUUCUUGUUGCAAAAAUGUUAACUUCAGUGAAGUUAGACUAGGGGUGAGUUUACCCAUUUGCUGUAGACAUUUGUAAGAUGUUCUUGAAUGUAAAAGGCUGAGAAAUGUACUGUUCUUCGGCUGUAUGAGUUGUAUGAGUUUUUUUUUUCCUGAUCAUCUUCAAAGUUGUCUCGAUCUGUUCGUAACGUAUGCAAAGUUUUGCUUGGCUUCAUGAACACAAAGAGCAGUUGAGGUAGGUUAUGAGGGGAGUUAAAGCCAGGGAUGAUCCAAGUGCUUUAUUCUCAUGGAUUAAAAGCUUGUCAAACUUGCACAUUGCUUACAAAUCAUGUUGAUAGGGUCAGGCAGAAUAACGUUGCUCCAUCCAUGGAUGCUAUGUAUCAUAGGUCAGCUCAUCACCUUUAUAAGGUGCACGGCUGUUGGCUCAGGUGAAUGAAGUCAAGUACCCAGCAUAGAACUGUUUACUUCAUUUGUUAGCAAAUGCCUUAAAUUUCACGUUAGUUACUAGCACUCCAAAACAAAAAGCAUGUUGGUUGUUCACUAAGAAGCACAGUUGAUCUGGUUCUUUGGCGGACAGUGGAAUUUUACACACUACUGGCCAAAAUCAGCUCUGGUUGGGGUGAAGAGCGUGGGCCACUGAAGUGCUGUGUCAGUUUUGUAGUCUACAA